AUGGAAGCAAAAACAUCGGAAAUGGAAUUCGAUAAGCUCGAGAUGGACCUGAUUGGACUCGACGGUUCGAAAUCUCGGUUCCGUAAAAGCCAUGGAAUUGUAGUGGUCUUCAUUGUAUGGGUACUAAUGUGCCUUCAAACACUGGUGUGUUUGUGUCCAAUAUUCUACGGUACGUCACUUUGGAUGUCUCACAUUGACUUCAAAUUGGAAGACGCCGAAGGGUCUCUGUGGUUCAUGGCAAUGCAGGAGAGUCUAAGUUUACUAUCAUCGCUUUCGAAUGAUAUCCAUGGCCUGUCAGUCAUCGAUGAGCGAGCAGUCGCAUCGAUCUCCAAGAAUAAAUACACAUUUGAUUUUGCUAGCUGGUGCCGAAGCAACAGCCAUACCAAAUCAGCCGUAUGCUAUCGAGGACCAGGACUUGAUGUCAUUUCUAGCUUCAUCACCGACUUUGGUGCUCAAGUGGGUGAAUUUGGCAACUCCGAAGACCCAAUCCAACUUGGAAUGAACUUGGCCAAUACUUACAUAAAGGCAAUAACCGAGCUUGACGAGGUUUACAUUCACACCAUCAGAGCCAACGAGAAGACCACCAUUGACAUGGAGAAAUUGAAGCUCGUUCAUCAGUUGAAGAAGUCGCGGACUGUUGGACAUGCAAUGUGGAUUCUCAAGACGAUCCAUGGAUCUAGUGUGGCUUCCAUAUGUGCGUACAAGUUUGCACCGAUCAUAAAGUGUUUUUCAUUUUACAAUAAUGUGAAGUGUCGUGGCAGAUUGACAGGUUUGAUUUUCGCUGUAUCGUUGUUGAUCGUGUGCCAGUUGUGCACUUUUGCAAUAGCGAUAACAGAAUCGCUUUUCGCAGCCAUUCUCAAUACUCACUUAGCACCUUAUGGGGUGUGUCUCGUGCAUGGACCAGCAUUUUUUCUUCUUCUACUCGAAUUCAUGUUGGGAGCACUUGUCACAUAUCACAUUAUCAUAUAUUAA